AUGGGAGGCGCAGGUAGCGCAGGCGUGGGCAAAAAGCUUGUGCUGACUGUCCCGCCGACGCUGGCGGAACUCUCGCAGGGACUCGGGGUCAAGGCGCAUCUGCUCCGGCGGGCGCUGGCAGAUGCUGGGAUGCGGCUGCCGCGGCGGGUUCGGCGCGACGCGCCCGUUGUCCGCAUUCCGCUCGACGUGGCCGAGUUAGUGGCCGAAGUCUUUGGGGUCGAGGCCGAGAUCAAGGACGCAGGUGCGCAAGGUGCUGAGCUGGUGGCGGCCGGCGCCGGAUCGGCCGGCGAUGGCGGCGGGGCGAGCGUUGCAGACGACGAGCGAGCAGAGCCGCGGCAGCCGGUGGUGGCGGUCAUGGGCCACGUUGACCACGGCAAGACGUCACUGCUUGACAAUCUGCGCAACACGUCUGUGGUUGACGGCGAGGCCGGCGGCAUCACGCAGCACCUAGCGGCGUUUGAGGUGAUGGUGGGCGGUACGAUUGUCGGUGGGCGGCAGGGCGGGAAGAAAGGCGGGAAGAAGGGCAAGAAGGGCAAGAAGGGCAAGAAGGGCAAGGGCGGUGGCGGCGCUGGCCAGCCGCCUGCACGAACCGGCGCUUCGGCGGUGACCUUUAUCGACACACCCGGUCACGCCGCGUUUGACGGCAUCCGGUCGCGGUCGGCGCUCCUCACGGACAUCAUUGUCCUUGUGGUUGCCGCCGACGACGGCGUCAAGCCACAAACCGAGGAGGUGAUCCGGCAUGCCAAGCGCGAGGGCGUCCCGCUGGUGGUCGCCAUCAACAAAAUGGACAAGCCCGGCGCUGACCCGCUCAACGUCCAGCUGCAGCUGAUGGAGCAUGGAGUGGUGGUCGAGGAGCAGGGUGGCGAGGUUCUGUGCGUGCCGACGGUGGCAACUGCCGACGGCUCAGAGUCGGGCCUCGAUGCCCUUGUUGAGGCUCUGCUGCUGCAGUCAGAGAUGCUCGAGCUGAGCGCGGUGGUCGACGGACCAGGUGAGGGCUCGGUGCUCGAGGCGCGGAUGGCCAAGGGGAUGGGCCCGCUCGCCACGCUUCUGCUGCAACGCGGGACGCUCAAGACCGGCGACGCGCUGGUAGCCGGCGAGACGUGGGCGCGGGUCAAAGGCAUCCGCGACGCCGCAGGCAAGAUGCUCAAGGAGCUCCGCCCGUCGCAAGUCGGCGAAGUUGUCGGCUUCAAGGAGUUGCCGGCGGCGGGCGACACGGUGGUCGCCGUGGCGUCCGAGGCCGAGGCCAAGGCCGUGCUCGACGCGCGGACCGAGGCUGCAGCGCUCGAGGCACAAGAGGCCGCAGCCGAGACUGCGUACCGUGAGCGGCUGGCCGCGUCACGGGCGGCGCAGCGGAACGCGCCGCCGCAGCUCUCCAAGCAGGCGACAGGCCGCGAGCGGGCGGCGGCGCGGCGGGCGCGGAUGGCGGCGCGGGCCGAGGCCCGCAAGGCCAUGGCGGCCGCCGGCGAGCGGUCCGAAGAUGAGCCACCGGUGCUGGAGAUUCUAGUCAAGGCCGACGUAGCUGGCUCGGUCGAUGCACUGGAGAGCUGCGUCGACAACGUUGCCGCGCUCACCGACGAGGUCGAGCUCGCCGUCCUUGGCGCCGCUGUCGGCGCGGUCACGCUCUCGGACGUGGAAAAGGUGGCGCUCACCGGCGGGCACAUCCUUGCCUUCAACACCAAGGUCGAGCCAAACGCCGCCGCUGCUGCCAAGCUCAAGGGAGUGCCCAUCCACCGGCACUCGAUCAUCUACAACCUCGACGACACGCUGCGGUCGCUGGUCGAGGACUUGCUGCCUGCGGUGGAGGAGACCCAGGUUGUCGGGACGGCCUCGGUCCUUCAGGUCUUCCCCUAUACCGGCGGCUCGCGGUCGCAGGCCCGCGCCAUGAACAUUGGCGGCUUUCGGGUCAAGUCGGGUGUGCUCUCGCGCUCGGCGGCGGUCCGCGUUGUCCGCGCCGGCGAGCGGUUCAAGGACGAGGUCCGCGAGAUUGGGACCGGCCAGGAGGGUGGCCUAGUUCUCGACGGCAUCGCCUUUGAAGAGGGUGAUGUCAUUGAGGCUGUUGACGUCGUUCGCACCGUCCGCAAGCUUGGUCAUUAA